AUGCAGGGAGGAGCGGUGCUGGGAGGACCUGGACCGGUGGCUGCAGCAAUGGGCACCAUGGACGAUGAGGACCUGCUGGCCUAUUUCUGCAUGGAAUACAGGUGGAACAUCCUGCACCUGCGGAGGAAGCUGCAGCCGGAAGAGGAGGACUCCCUGUCCGUAUUUAUCCGCCUCCAGGAGAAGAGGAAAGCAGCCAAACUGAUGGGAGAGGCUCUGGAGGCGAAGGAGGAGUUCAAGGAGAGGGUGAAAGCCGUGGAGUGCUGCUGGCGGGACCUGCACGCCCAGGAGGCUGAGCUGAAAACACACACGGAGGAAUCCCUGAGGAUCGCAAAGGAAUAUGAUAAGAUGCGAGUCCAAGCUCUGAAGAAAGCCGCCAGAAAGAGGGAGAAGAAGGUACAAAAGGAGUUUGAGCUCUUGAGAGCUAAGAGGGAACUGGAAGUCUGGAGAAACAAGCAUGAGAAACUCUACAACAAAGUGCAGAAAUACUCCAUCUUCAAAGGAUACCUGGAGGAUGUGGUGAAGAGCUCACAGUUUGUGGACAUCCAAGAAGUCAUUUCGCCCUACGAGACGCUGCUGAGGGUACUCAGGGACCUGGAGCAGUUGCAAGAGAGGCAUAAGGAAAAGUCCGAGCAAGCCAGGGUGUUCUUGGACCAGUACAUAGCGGAGAAAGAAGCUGAGAUCCUGCAGUACAAACACGAGCUGGUGGAGCUCCAGCAAUGUUUUGACCAGGCUAAAGAAGACAUCCAGUUCUGGGGGGCCCAGUCAAAUUCACUAUUGGAUACUGCAGGCUCCGGGAGCUGGGUCCCAUCAGGCACAGCUGGAAAGCAGCCGGUCUGGAAGGCCAGCAGCAGGAUGUGCUGCUCCCAGGUACCAGCCAGCCCUGCUGGGCAGGAGACUCGCUGGGCUGACAUCCAGGAAACAAGUCCCAAGAAAGCCCUGGAGCUGGACACCAUCAGGAUGGCCAUCCUCAACCUCUUCCAGAGUGCCAACAGACAGAUGAACGCCAAACUAAACGUGCCAGUGGAAGUCAGCCAUAGACAACUGAACAGGAUUCAGCAGCGUAUCCAAGACCUUGCAGACAUCUCCACAGAGGGCAAAGAGGACAUACAGAACCGCCAGUGAGCAGCUGUACCUACAGGACAUGGCAACGUGAGUGGCUCAGCAAGGGUGGGAAGAGCAGGACAGAGUGCCCGACAUAGAUGUCGCUUCCACCAGUGAAGUUUCAUCCCUUCUGACUCUUGUGUCCUGUACAGUUGCUGGCAUCUGUUAUUCUAUUAAAAAGAACCAAGUACCUGAAGGUGACUCCUAAUUUCCUGAGAGGACGGGAAUCAUCAGAGCAGCUCCAUCCCACAGCUUCAUCCCAGAUGCCACUAGGAUGCCUUCUCUGGCAGAUCUGGCUCAUGCAAAGCACACAAGAUAGGGAGAGCAGGCUGGGACAGGAAUAUAGUCUCAAAUAGGGAGGAGUACUACUGCUCACAUCUGGACA